AGGUCCAAACUUUUUUUCUCUCAAAGACGAAAUAGAGAAGCAAAAACCCAAGCUUCUACUGUACCCAAAAGAAUACCCUCACUUCCCAAUCCGAAUCCCUUCUUCAAUUCUCUUCCUUUUCGUGGAAAAUCAAUUCCAUAGUCUUUGACAACGAAUUGGGUUUCUUACAGUUAAGGUUAAAUCACUCUCAUUUCCCAGUUUUGAUUAACAUCUCUGCUUUUAUUCACAGCUAAGAAGACAAAAAUGAUUACAAACUUCAACGGGUUUGGUGUUGGCAUUGGUUUUGGUGUUGGGUGUGGUUUUGGAGUUGGAUGGGGUUUUGGAGGUAUGCCUUUGAAUAUCUUAGGAUUCGGUGCAGGUGGAGGCUGUGGGAUUGGUUUUGGCCUCGGAUGGGGCUUUGGUUCUGCCUAUGGUAGCCAAUACAGAUCCUCUAGGGUGACAUUCCAAGGCUUAGAAUUUGGCAAAGAUGACCGAAGGCAGAACGGUAAGUUAAACGAAAAACCAAAAAACACCAAGGAAAAUCGUCUGUCGCAGUAAUUUUGUUUUUCCCUCGGUUUUGAGUUAAAUGAACAACCGAAAAACACCACUGAGAUAUGAAAUUUAUAUAAAUGUUGUAUUUGUUUUUACACUUCAAUAACAAUGGAGUUUUUGCUUAGAA